AUGGCAGGUUUUGACAGCUAUAGAUGGUCACUAAAGGGUAUGACUGCCCUCAUCAUCAAUGGAACCAAAGGCAUAGGAUAUGCCAUAGUGGAAGAACUAGUCGGACUUGGAGCAACCGUGCAUACCUGUGCUCGUAGCAAAACCCAGAUUCUUGAGAGACUUCAACAAUGGGAAAACAAGGGAUUCAAAGUGACUGGCUCAGUUUGUGAUCUCACCUCUAAAGCACAAAGAGAGAACCUCAUCAAAACUGUCUCCUCUAUUUUUGAUGGAAAACUUAGCAUCCUUGUAAAUAGUGCUGCAACAUGCAAACUUAGAGGAACCACAUAUUACACUUUGGAAGAUUUCUCAACUAUGAUGGAAACCAAUGUUGAAUCCCCCUACCAUCUUUCUCAACUUGCACACCCUCUCUUAAAGGCCUUUAGAAAUGUGAGUAUUGUCUUCGUUGCCUCCAUUGUCGGUGUGGUAGCUUUACCGAAACUCUCUACUAUGCAGCAACAAAAACCGUCCUAUGUUGAUUUUCAAUUUCUCCAGAAAUAA